UGAGUUCGCGUCAGCUGAAAUCAUCGCAAUGUGUACACAAUCUUAAAAAAAGAAAGAAAAUAAGAAAUUGACGUCAAACGGAGCUGGUCUGUGGUUGAUCAUAUUAACCUGAACAGAGUAGACCUCAAGUUGACAGUGCGCGGUAGCCUACAAGCAGGACACACCAAUCUUGGGCCAGAGAUGUCUUAACUGUGUACGCGCAAGAAAAUGAGUCACCUUAAGUGAUCUAACUCCAUGUCAUUAACACAUAACUGAAUUUCAGAGUGAAAUAAAUGCAAAAACGUGCUGAACACAAAAGUAUGCCAUGUCAGCUUUCCUAGCUUGCUAUAAAGCCUAGAGAAAAUUUCAAUAAGCAGUUACAGCUGCACAGCAAUUUUUCUUUUUUCUGAGUCAAGUCAACCCGUGAUGUUUCUCCUGUCAUUUUGGUUACUUGUAGCUGGAAUUGAAGUUAGUCUGGCUUCAGAUAAGGUUAGUGGAGCAGAUAAAGAAGAAUUAUUAAAGAGGCAACUGAAAGAAUAUGGACUAAUUACACCCAUCAGCACAGACUCUGGGGGCCACUUCUUGUCACACCUUCUCUCAGCCAAUCACAAGCGGCGGGUAAAGAGGGGUGCGGAGCGGAAUUCGGAACAUUUAUUCUUCAACAUCACAGCCUUUGGGAGGGAAUUACAUCUGCGGCUGAGGCCCAACAGCAGGCUCGUAGCCCCUGGUGCCACUGUGGAGUGGCAUGAUGACGUGGGGAUAGUUGAAGUUGCCACCAGCACAGAGAAUAGACUACUGUCUAAUGACAGCACAGAGCAGAUACUGAUGAAAAAGCCCCUUAGAACCGACUGCACUUUUGUUGGGGGCAUCACUGACCUUCCUGGGGCAUCUGUUGUCAUAAGCAACUGUGAUGGACUGGCAGGUUUGAUUCGCACCGACUCGGAUGAAUACUUCAUAGAGCCGCUGGAGAGGGGCUCACAGGAGCAUGAGGAGACUGGAAGAGUCCAUGUGGUUUACAGGAGAUCAGCUGUACCACGAACUCCAUCUGUCUUACCCACUGACCCCCACGCUGAUGAGUUCCUUGACAUUGAAGGAGCGCUGAAUGGUGUUGCCAAGGAGGUGAAUCAGACGAUGAGGAAACGCAGACACGCAGGCGAGGACGACUACAAUGUUGAGGUGCUCCUGGGGGUGGACGACUCUGUUGUGAAAUUCCAUGGGCGAGAGCAUGUCCAAAAUUACCUGCUUACCCUCAUGAACAUUGUGAAUGAAAUUUACCACGAUGACUCAUUAGGUGUCCAUAUAAACAUAGUUCUUGUGAGAAUGAUCAUGCUUGGAUAUAAAAAGUCCAUGAGUCUGAUAGAGAGGGGGAACCCUUCGCGGAGUCUGGAUAACGUCUGCCGCUGGGCAUUCCUCCAGCAGAAGGCCGACCUGCAGCAUGCGGAACACCAUGACCACACUGUCUUUCUGACCAGGCGGAGUUUUGGGCCCACUCACAUGCAAGGUUAUGCUCCGGUGAUGGGAAUGUGCCACCCGAUGCGAAGCUGCACCCUCAACCAUGAAGAUGGCUUCUCCUCGGCCUUUGUGGUGGCCCAUGAGACAGGACAUGUGCUCGGAAUGGAGCACGACGGGCAGGGGAACCGCUGCGGCGAUGAGACGGAGAUGGGCAGUAUAAUGGCUCCUCUGGUGCAGGCCGCCUUUCACCGCUACCACUGGUCCAUCUGCAGUGGCCAGGAGCUGAAGAGACACAUUCACUCUUAUGAUUGCCUGCUUGAUGAUCCCUUUAAACAUAAUUGGCCGGAACUUCCUGUGCUCCCUGGAAUGAGCUACUCGAUGAAUGAGCAAUGUCGCUUCGACUUUGGAGAGGGAUACAAAACCUGCACAUCUUUUCACUCGUUUGAUCCAUGCAAGCAGCUGUGGUGCAGUCACCCAGACAACCCCUACUUCUGCAAGACCAAAAAAGGGCCCCCAUUAGAUGGGACUGAGUGUGCCCCAGGGAAGUGGUGCUACAAAGGCUACUGCAUGUGGAAGAGCGUCGACCAGGUGAAGCAGGAUGGGGGCUGGGGACCCUGGAGCCAGUACGGCUCAUGCUCACGGUCGUGUGCAACCGGGGUGCGGUACAGAACGCGGCGUUGUGAUAACCCAAAGCCAUCUAAUGGAGGCCAGGACUGUCCUGGAGUAAACUAUGAGUAUCAGUUGUGUAAAGCAGAUGAGUGCGCAAAGCGAUCUGAAGAUUUCCGGGCACAGCAGUGCCAACAGCACAACUUGCACUUCGACUUCCAAGGCUCCAAGCACCACUGGCUACCCUUUGAGCAUCCUGACUCAAGUAAAAGCUGUCACCUGUACUGUCAAUCAAAAGAAACCAGAAGCGUGGCUUACAUGAAACAGGUGGUCACCGAUGGAACACGAUGCUCCUACAAAGAUCCGCACAGCAUCUGUGUGCGAGGGGAAUGUCUGAAAGUGGGCUGUGACAAAGAAAUUGGCUCAAACAAAGUGGAAGAUAAGUGCGGGGUGUGUGGAGGGGACAACUCUCACUGCAGGACCGUCAAAGGCACAUUGACCCGCACUCCCAAGAAAGCUGGUUUCCUUAAGAUGUUUCUCAUCCCUUCUGGUGCAAGGCACAUGGUCAUCCAGGAACAAGAGGCUUCUCCUCAUAUCCUUGCAAUCAAGAAUCAAGCAACAGGACACUAUGUUCUCAAUGGGAAAGCAGAUGUGAGGUCAAAGAAGUUUAUUGAUAUGGGACUGAUCUGGGACUACACAGUUGAGAACAGCAUUGAGACUCUAUACACAGAUGGACCUCUGGCUGAUGCCUUGGUUGUUAUGAUUAUACCCCAGGAGACCAGAACAAGAUCUACUUUGAUGUAUAAAUACAUCAUACACGAAGACUCCGCGCCAAUCAACAACAAGAACAACAACAACGUUAUUCAGGAAGACAGCUACGGGUGGGCUCUGAACAGCUGGUCACAGUGUUCCAGGCCCUGUGCAGGGGGUGUCCAGUACACUAAAUAUGGAUGUCGCAAAAAGGGUGAUGGCAAGAUGGUUAUGCAUAAUUACUGUGAUGAGAGCAAGAAGCCCAAGCCAAUCCACCGUGUAUGCAAUCUACAGGACUGCCCACAUCUACAUUGGAAAGUAGGAGAGUGGGAGCGCUGCACAAAGACCUGUGGCAUUUGGGGGUAUCAGAUCCGCGCUGUUAGCUGCGUACAGACCUUCCACGAUGGCACCACCCGCUCCAUUCACAGCAACCACUGUGGCACAGACAAGCCAGCAAGCCAGAGGCCCUGCAACAGGCUUCCCUGCCCUGCUCAGUGGACAACUGCAGCCUGGUCACAGUGCUCCGUGUCCUGUGGGGAAGGGCUGCAGUACAGACUGGUGACCUGCCGCCGUGGUGACCGAUGCAAUGGUGCCAAACCCGAGGCCACACGGCCGUGCAUGCGAAGCCCCUGCAGAGGUGACCCUUGUGUCGAGGACAGGUCGGUAUUCUGCCAGAUGGAGGUGCUGGGUCAGUAUUGUUCCAUCCCGGGCUACAGCAAGCUCUGUUGUGUGUCCUGCGGCAAGCAUCACACCACUUAUGCUCCCCUUCCCUCUGCUGCCGACGGGGUUAAAAAAUUCCGCUCAGAUGCCGGUCGGCCCACGCUUCAGGAACGUUGGAAUUCUCCUCUCCCUUCAUUGGGAGCAGUGGAAUCCCUUGAAGAUCCCCCCUCAAAGCCUCGAAGGAGAUACGUUGGCGUAUAAAACUUUUUACGGCUCGUCUCCACGGCCAGUUCCAAUCCCAACGAGUGAGCCUACUGAAGAACGAGCACAUCACGGAGCACAUCUUGGCCAGUGUGAAUGUAGGCCCUUUGAAUGUCAACGGUCAACAUUAUGAGAUCAAUCUCUUGGAAGAAGACAGACCUUAUAUCUGCUUAGUCAGACCUUCAGAUAUCACAGCAGUCUGGGGACAGUUGUAGGCCAAUGGUAUCCUCUAAUGCAUGGAGACCAAUGCAGCCCUUCCCUUACUGAACCCGUUGUUAGCAAAUAUUCCGUUGUUUCCUGCAUCUGUGAAUUGGUAUUUGCUGUUGAGGAAAAAGUGCUGGUUCACUUUUGCUGCAGAUUCAUUAUGCAGUUUUGCAGCUACAUAUGUAAUUUCCACUGUUCAGCAAUAAAGCUUGAAUAUUGGUUCAGAAAGAGUAGGGGGGCUAUUUAAAACAAGCUGGUCGGCAGGUUUUUGUUUUUUGCUAAUGGAGCUACCAUUAGCUUUCAUUUAACAAAAGAAAAGGGAACAACUGAAAGCUUCUGGAAGUACAGCAGAGGAAAAACUGGCAUGAAAACAGGAACAUUUUACAAGCUUAUUGGCUGUUGUUGAUCACCAGUCUCUAAGCUCAUCUUUAUGAGCUCAAACUACAAGUGCAGUGCAGAUUUGGUGUCAAGGAUUUGCUUACACCUAGCGACGACACCUUGUGUAGUCUGAGCCUGGUUGCUCUUUAAGAUUUAUAAAUGUACACUAUGGUAUUUCUCAGAGAUGAGCAGUAUUAAUGAACAUUUUUUAUACCAUAGUAGUCUAUUUGUAUAAUGUGUCAUAUGUAAUACAACAACGAUGUAUUUAUUUAAUAUCUAAUGGGGAUGUGAUUUAUGAUGAGGAUGGCAAUAUAGCAUAGUUCAUGACAAUCAGUGUGUGUUGAUUGUUCACUUUAAUCUAAGUGUUUUGAAGAUGUAGUGCCUGUGAGAUUUAUGUAGCUCAUAUGUAGGAGUCUUAUUAGACAUGCGUUAUAUUUUGUCCUGGGAAUAGAUGGAAAGGCCAGUUGUUAUAUGCAAUAAUCAGGCAUUACAACCAGUCUGUGCUUAACUGGAAUACUGUAUUAUUGUCACAGUGCCACAACACCGUAUUCAUGUACA